CGUCCCCUCCACCCCCCAGCCGCGCACCUGCCGGAGCCCGGGCGGGACCCCCCUUCCCGGGCCGGUGUCGAUGCUGAGCGGGCCGGGGGCACUGCCCGCUUCGCCCGCACCAUGGACGGCUUCUACGACCAGCAGGUUCCCUUCAUGGGCCCCGGGAAGUCCUGCACAGAGGAGGGCCGAGGCCGGCAGGGGUCCGAUAGAAAAAGGAAAUUUUUGGAAACUGACCUGGCCCAUGACUCGGAAGAGCUCUUCCAGGAUCUCAGCCAGCUCCAAGAGGCCUGGCUAGCUGAAGCUCAGGUCCCCGAUGACGAACAGUUUGUCCCAGAUUUCCAGUCUGACAACUUGGUCCUGCACGCCCCACCUCCGGCCAAGAUCAAGCGGGAGCUGCCCAGCCCGUCCUCGGAGCUGUCGUCCUGCAGCCACGAGCAGGCUCUGUGUGCCGGCUAUGGGGACAAGUGCCUCUACAACUGCUGUGCCUACGACAGGAAGCCCCCCGCCGGGUUCAAGCCAUUAACGCCGCCCGCCACGCCGGUGUCCCCCGCGCUGCCCGGGCCGGCCCUGGCGCCGCCGGGCCCCGCCGUGCCAGCGGCCGCCCACGGCGCUGCCCCGGCGCUGCAGGAGCAGCGGCAGCAGCCGCCCUUCGCCGUGCCGCGGCCGCCCGUGCACAUGCCAAAGAUGAUGUCUGAGAACCAAUUCCCCGCGGAGCACAGGUUUCAGAGGCAGCUGUCGGAGCCCUGCCACCCCUUCCCGCCGCAGGCCGGGGUCCCGGGGGACGGCCGCCCCAUCUACCACCGGCAGCUGUCGGAGCCCCUGGGCCCUGCUGCCCCCCGCCCCCCUCAGGGAUUCAAGCAGGAGUACCAUGACCCUCUCUACGAGCACGGCGGCCCUGGCCUGCCCGGUCCCCCCGGCCACAGCUUCCAGCCCCCCAUGGGCAUCAAGCAGGAGCCCCGGGACUACUGCAUUGACUCAGAAGUGCCUAACUGCCAGUCCUCGUACCUACGGGGGAAUGUCUUCCCCAACAGCCAUGACGGAUUUUCAUAUGAAAAGGACACACGAUUGUAUUUUGAUGACACGUGCGUGGUACCUGAGAGGCUGGAGGGUAAAGUGAAGCAGGAGCCCACCCUGUACCGUGAGGGCCCUCCCUACCAGCGGCGCGGCUCCCUGCAGCUCUGGCAGUUCCUGGUCACCCUCCUGGACGACCCUGCCAACGCCCACUUCAUCGCCUGGACUGGCCGGGGCAUGGAGUUCAAGCUGAUAGAGCCUGAGGAGGUAGCACGGCGCUGGGGCAUCCAGAAGAACCGACCAGCCAUGAACUACGACAAGCUCAGCCGCUCCCUGCGCUACUACUAUGAGAAGGGCAUCAUGCAGAAGGUUGCCGGCGAGCGGUACGUCUAUAAAUUCGUCUGCGACCCCGAUGCCCUCUUUUCCAUGGCCUAUCCCGACAACCAGCGCCCUUUCCUGAAGACAGAGCCAGACUGCCCGGUGCCAGAGGAGGAGACGGUGCCCCUGACACACUUUGAGGACAGCCCGGCGUUCCUCCUGGAGAUGGAUCCCUGCGGCAGCCUUCCCUACGCGGAGGGCUUCGCCUACUGACUCGGCCGGCUGGCAGAGCCAUUGGCACUAGCGCAGCCACCUGGGGCAAACACGGUGUUCUAAAGAAUAUUUUUGGCUGUCCGUAC